GAGGAGAGCGACGGCUGCCCUGACAUCACCAUCUCACAGCAGGGGAAGCAGCACCACACCAACAUGAAAUUAACACUUGUUACCGUGCUGUCCGUCUUCACUGCUUGCAUCCCUGCUCUCUGUGGGUACCCCCAGCAGCCCGAGCCCCCCACAGAAUCACGCUCCCGCUUUGCCCCUCUGGAUGACGUUCGCCUCCUCGCCAAUGGCCUCCUGCAGCUGGGCCAGAGCAUGAGGGAGUUUGUGCAGAAGACGAAGGGUCAGAUCAACGACAUCAUCCAGAAGCUCAACAUCUUCGACCGCUCUUUCUACCAGCUGUCGGUGCUCGCCAGUGAGAUCAAAGAGGAGGAGGAGGAGCUGAAGAAGACCACCGUGGUGCUGAAGGCCAACAAUGAGGAGAUUAAAGGUUUGUCUGUAGAGAUCAGCACCAAAGUGGACAGCAUCCUGCAGGAGAAGAGCAGCCUGCAGAGUAAAGUGGAAGGACUGGAGGAGAAGCUGAGUAGUCUGGCCAACAGUCUGAUGACCAGCGAGCAGGUGGCAGAGGUCAACAACCUCAGGGAGGUGAUCCGGAGCCAGGAGCAGAGCAUCACAAAGCUGCUGGAGGCUGUAAGGGAGCAAAGUGAGCAGCUGAGCAACCAGAGGUCAAAGAUCAAGAUCCUGGAGGAAAAGCUUACAGCAAAUACUCUGGCUCAAGAGACCAUUGAGAGGGCGCCUGUAAUGUACAACAGUGAGGCACCGACACUUACACCUUAUCUGACCUUGGGCUUACCCAGCAACACCGUAAUCAUGAAUCUGCCAUCAGACUGCAGUGAGAUGUUCAGCAGGGGGGAACGGGCCAGUGGAGUUUACGCCAUCAAACCAAAUGGUUUAGAGCCUUUCAUGGCCUUUUGUGACAUGAGCAGAGGCUUCGGAGAAACGGUCAUCCAGAGACGGAGGGACGGCUCAGUUAGUUUUGAUCAAGUCUGGGAGAAAUAUGAAGACGGGUUUGGAGAUUUUCAAUCCGAGUUCUGGCUGGGUCUGAGGAAAAUUUACUCUCUUACUGCUCAAGGAAACUCCGUCCUUCACAUCCAGCUGGAGGACUGGAAACAGGACAAGCGCUUCAUCGAAUACAGAUUUCACCUUGAUGGACCAGAGGCCAACUACAGCAUUCACCUCACACAUCUGUCUGGUGAUCUUCCUGACCCCAUGAGCAACCACAGUGGCAUCAUGUUCUCCACCAAGGACAGAGAUAACGACAGACACCGAGACUCCAGCUGUGCCCAAAACCUCUCAGGUGGGUGGUGGUUCAGUACCUGUGGAGAUGCCAACCUGAAUGGGAUUUAUUUCCACAUGAGACCUCGUUGGCGAUCAGAACGGAAGAGAGGGAUUCAGUGGAAGAAUUCAUUCUCCCUCAAGUUCACACAAAUGUCUGUCCAUCCAGCAGCUUCGCUCACUUCCUCCUCCUCCUUUGAGACGGGGGUCUUUUAGUGACCCUGAGCCUUUAUUCUCGGAUUGAAUAACUAAAACACACAGUGCCCUCUGCAGGAAAGCCUUGGUAAUGCAUACUGUGGGAGGCCUUCAGAAGGCUUGACAAGACAGGUUGCUUCAAGGGCCACAGAUGAUACUGAUGUAAGAUCUUUAAUUGUGACUGCUGUUGUGCUGAACAGAUAAAGUAGAAUAAUGUAAAAUUGCCCAUCCAAGAACAGCCUCUAAUGUUAUAUACAACUUUAAUAUGUGUUUUAUGAUCUGUAAUUACUGUAUCUCUCACAUGUAUGGGCUCAGUUUAUGAUUUGGGUCAUAUUGACUCCAAGAAUACAGCAGUGGUUCUCCAAGUUACACCAGGGCCUAUUAAAGGUCAUUUGUGAAAUCUUCUACAAGUUAAGACUUAAGACAGUAAUAUUAAUUCACUUAGAGGGGUCCAUGUGUGAGAAGCACUGCAUGAAUAUCACUCAUCAUUACUGAAAACAGUUUAUCUUUUGAUACAAAGCUAUGUUUAUCAGCUUAGAUAAAUUAACAAACUACUGUGACUUCAUACUGUAGUGCUGUAGAUUUAUUUUUUCUAACAACAAAUUACCAAGAGAAAUAUCAAUAUAUUUCCCUAAGAACUUAAAGAAUCCUCAUUUUUGCUUUGUUUUACAAACAUGUACAAAUCAGAGCUGUUUGGAUGAUGUUUGAUUUGUGUUUGAAGGGUCCAUUUCAUUAAAAAAUCUGCUUUUUAGUAAUACUACACAUGUAUUAAAGUGUCUGCAGUAUCCAAUCAC